AUGUCGCAGAGGCCUUCUGCGUCUCGUCCUGCAUCUCGGUCACCGCCACAAGGUCAAAGAUUUGUUCUACCGCCUGUGCAGUUUCGAGAUAACUUUUUACAGGAGGGGAGACAGCCUGAAAGUCGGCAACCCGACCCUGAAGGUAGAGUCUUUCCCCAGUAUCUACAGACCUCCCCGCAACAUGCGCGGCCCUCCCAGGGGCCGUCAUCUGGAGAGGACUGGAGAACAUCGAGACAAUCCAGGGAUCUCGGGGUCCACUCCAUACUAAACCCGCCGGAACCCGAGGAUGGUGGAAGCUCGACUCGUCGAAUGAGUAACGCGACGAACGAAUCUCCUAAUUCCGCAGCUGGCCCGCCGUUGACCUUUGGUGCAAGUCCAUCCGCCGCGGCGUCACACACGUUUUCUGGUCAGCAGUUUCUGCCGGGGCCAGGAGAAGAACUGCGCAGUGGAGCAUAUUCUCAAGUUCCCCGACGAAUUCUGACUCCGAGAUCGCCAUCAAGCCGAAAUUCGAGUUAUGGGAGAGGAAUGGGCGUGGGAACCAUCGAUGCUCAGCAAACCCCCUUCCUGCCUGCGAAAGGACGAGCCUACGUGGCGGAGCCAGUUCCACAUGCGUCUUCGGAGGUCGCUUCCAUGCCGACGCCUUCUGGACAGCAACAGCAGCAUCAACAGCAGCAACACCAACACUAUGGGUUUCCGCAGGCAGCUUCAGCACCAUCUAAUGCCCCUCGUGGAACCAGCGGGGGUACUAUGCAGGCUCCUGGCCGCACGCCGCUAUCACAGAGCGCGAGUCCUAGCAUUUCGGCUUCUUCACAAAAUCCUUCAUCGGGUCAGGCGUCGCCAGCAUCAUUUCUCUUCCGUAAAGGGGCACAGACGACGCCUCAAUCCGCCUCGAGUUAUUAUCCGGGCUCGUCAUUCGGGACAGCUAUACAGGCGGGAGGUGGAUUGCAAUUCCAGGGGCCCUCUGGAGUACCUGAAGGUCCGUACUCUGCUCCAGCUCCUGCUACAAAAAGCAAUUCCCUCCAACCCAGCAGUGCUAGCAGCUCCAGGCAGAAUUCUACCUCAGAUCCUAUUCAAGUCCUGACAAUAACCACGUCUGAAGGCUCGUAUACUGUACCUGUAGACGUACAUCAGGCCUCGAGGUUAGCUGACGAGAAGCGUGCUCGAAAUGCAGGUGCAUCGGCGCGAUUCCGUCAACGUAGAAAGGAAAAGGAGAAGGAGGCCAGCACGAGCAUCGAGAAGCUGCAGCAGCAAACGCGGGAUUUAGAGCGGAAAAUGAGGGACGUGGAACAACAACGAGAUCGGUAUCGGCACGAGAGAGACCGACUGCGCGACAUUGUCUACAGGAGUCCCGAUAUCAGACAUCUGGCCAUGCAGGGACCACCCAGCCCCCAAAGCAUGCGACCUGGGCCGUCCCAGGGAGCGGGGAUGGGAAUGGGAACAGGAACAGGAAUGGGUCAAUCGGGUAGCCCUCCUGCCCCUCCCCCUCCACCGGCUCAAAUGGGAUACCAGGCCUCCGAGAGCACGUCGGAACGUGCGCCGAGAAGAAGGAAGACGGACCCGCAGGGUGAAUACACCGGCUUAGCUUACUCGCUCCCACCGGCAUCAACACUUCCUCCAGUCCAAGAGCCUGGGUAUCCCCCUACCUCAGGAAUCCAAGGCCCGCCAAGCCUUCCUCCUUUGCGAAUGGACAACCCAUCUGCGCCGCGAACUCCGAACACAAACAUCCCUCCUUCCACCAGUGCUGGCCCUCAACCACCAUUCGAACCCUACGCGCGAGGAUACGAGCGCGGAUGGCCUGGCGAUGCUGGGCGCCGAUGA